GCACAUGCGUAAGGAGGCUACCCCCACAGUCGGGUCGGUCCUACGUGAGUCCUACGGCUGAGGUUGCGAGAGAAGAACGGCUGCCAAGUCAGGAGAGGGACCCCCGCCCCCCCGGAACUCUGCGGCAACGCGACCCCAAGGAGAGGAGCGAAGAGUCUCGCGCGUGAGAGGCCUUGGAAGCGUGCUGUCGUCCUUGCUGAGGCUCACGGGAGACGUAGUCCGAGCGAAGGGGGCCGAUCCUGCGGAGCAGAUGCAGGAUUGGCCGGGCUGGUAGGGCAUCGCGCGAGGCGGGGCGUUCUGUGAGUGGCAGUGGGACGCGCUUGGUGUCACUUCCUGGAAGUGCCCCAAGCCCCUGGGGCUCUCCCACGCGUCAGAGGUCCCUCUGUCACCUCCAAAAAGACCCUUCAAUACAAGAAUGCCAUCUCCUUGGGGUACCCCACACCUAUCCCUCAGAGACUCCAGGACCACCCCUGAGGAGCAGCCUGAGGCUGCACGACUCCGUUUCCGGGGUUUCUGCUAUGAGGAGGUGGAGGGACCCCGAGAGGCACUGGCCCAGCUUCGAGAGUUGUGUCACCAGUGGCUACAGCCUGAGUCGUCUUCCAAAGAGCACAUGAUAGAGUUGCUGGUUUUGGAACAGUUCCUGGGUGUGUUGCCCCCCGAGAUCCAGGCCUGGGUUCGAGGGCAGCGACCAGGAAGCCCCGAGGAGGCCGCAGCCCUUGUUGAGGGGCUGCAGCAUGAUCCUGGGCAGCUGCUGGGCUGGAUCACAGCCCACAUCCUGAAGCCAAAGAUGCUUCCUCUAGUCCAGAAGGAGUCCUCAGGGAGUCACCACAUCUCAGCAGCAAUGGAGUCCUCCAAGGAAGGCCUUGCGGAGGCACCACUGGAGGCCGGGAUAGAUCAAUCUAUCCAGAUCAGUUGCAGUGUGAAGGAGGAAGUCAGUGCUGAUGGACAGGAGAUGGUAUCUCCAAGUGCCCUCCUUCUAGUCCAAGACUCUGAGGGACAUGUUGAACAUCAGGAAACAGCCGCCAUAUCCUUCCGAACAGGAAGGAUCCAGGAGUGGGGCCUCUUGGACUCAUCACAAAAAGAGCUGUGCUGGGGUGUGAUGCCGGAGAAGUACGACACAGUGGUGUCCCAGGCAAGCCUGCCACUGCUACAGCCAGAGACACAUGUUGACUCUGAGCUGAGACCAAAACAGGAGAUGCCACAUGAAGGACCAGAAUCUCUCCGGAGCCAUCCCCCAGAAGUGGGAGCCAUUGCAGAGCCAAGACUAGUUCAAGCCACUCCAAGUGAAGGACAGAACCCUUGCAAGGACCCUCCAGUCUUGUCUCCCACACCACUGCUUGAAGCCCCAGCUAGGCCCACGCCUCGGAAGCUCUAUGUUUGUGAGCAGUGUGGCCUCAGCUUUGAUUGGAAGUCGGUUUUUAUCAUCCAUCUCCGCACACACUCGAGUAGGCCAGGCCUGGAAAGACCAUCACAGGUGGCCUGGGAGCCAGCCGUGAAGCGCUCCCCUGGCCUUCAGGGAUACUCAUGCAUGGAGUGUGGGCGCAGCUUCAGCUGGAAGUCACAGCUGGUCAUCCACCGCAAGAGCCAUGCAGGCCAGCGGCGCCACUUCUGCCGGGAUUGUGGGUGUAGCUUUGACUGGAAGUUUCAGCUGGUCAUUCACAGGAAGAUCCACCAGCCAGAGGGCCCAUGAGCAGCUGGAGAGGCAUGUUUCACCUUGGAUUCCUCCAGCCCCUAAUGUACCACUUCCAGCAUCCUCUCUAGCCAAGAGGAGGUUCUAAGGUACCUCAAGUGAGUCAGGGAUUGCAAGAAGAUUGCCCUGUCCAACACCAGACUAUCCAGUGUAAGGAGAAGAGGCUAUUCCUUCCUUUGGCUCCUGCUUUGUGGACCCAGGCCUGGGUUCGAUUACUAACCUAUACAGCUUGUGCAAGAAGUGGACACUCCUUACUUCAGGAUGCUCAGAAAUUGCCUUAGGUCCCUCCUUGCAGUGGCUGGGCAAGAAGUCUCUGUGGAAGGUACUGGAAACCACAGUUGCCUUUCUCUCCUGCUGCAUGUGACCCUCAGACAAACAUGCUAGAUUUUUUUGUUUUGUUUUGUUUUUUGAGACAGGGUUUAUCUAUGUAGCCCUGGCUGUCCU